AUGGGAGGAGGAAAAGAUCAUCCAGAGCUGAAGAAGGGGAAGAGGAAUCAGAGGCCAGGCCUGAGAAAAGAGAAAAGGGCAGGAGAAAGAGAGCAAGGCGUGAUCAAGAAAAAACUGGAGGAGGAGAAGGACGAGGAGGGUGAAGGUGAAGAAAGGAAUGCCAAGGGAAAAAAGAAACACGGAAGUGCCAAAAAAGAAGAGAGAGAUGAUGAUGGUGGUAAACAUGCAGUGAAGGACAGAGCAACAGAGGUGAAGAAGAAAAAGCACAAAAAAGUAGUUGAAACAAGUUCAGAGCAGGAGACGAGUGAAGAAGAUGACAGUGAAGAAGAAGACAACAAGGAGACGGAGGUGAGGCCAGAGUCUCUGUCACCAGAGGAGCUGGAGAAGCUGAAGGAGGCUGUGGAUGAGAGAAAGAAACUGAUCCAAGGUCUCAGGGGAAAACCCUGGCCAAUGAAAAAGAAACUUGUGACUUUACGGGAGUCUCAGGAGUUUGUGGAGAAAUAUGAGGGAGCUUUGGGGAAAGGGAAAGGCAGGAAACUCUAUGCCUACAAAGUUAUGAUGACCAAGAAAUGCAUGAAGUUUCAACGGGACUUUGAAAACUUCAAAACAGCUUGUAUUCCAUGGGAGAUGAAAAUCAAAGAGAUUGAAAGUCAUUUUGGCUCCUCAGUUGCCUCUUACUUCAUCUUCCUGAGGUGGAUGUAUGGCAUCAACAUGAUCUUGUUUUGUCUUACAUUUGGCCUGGUCAUGGUGCCAGAGGCAUUAAUGGGGCGACCCUAUGGCAGCAUCCCAAGAAAGACCGUCCCCAGGGCGGAGGAGAGCAGUGCCAUGGACUUUGCUGUCUUAUGGGACUUUGGAGGUUAUGCUCAGUAUUCAGUCCUCUUCUAUGGUUACUACAACAACCAGCGUGCCAUUGGCUGGCUCAAGUUCCGUAUGCCUCUGUCAUACUUUCUGGUUGGUGUGGGAACAGUGGCAUAUAGCUACAUGGUGGUCAUAAGAACGAUGGCCCGUAAUGCAAAUGAGACAGGGGUUGGAGAUGAUAACAGCUUUAAUUUCAGCUGGAAAAUGUUCACCAGCUGGGACUACCUGAUAGGAAACCCUGAAACUGCAGACAAUAAGUUUGCCUCCAUCACCACCAGUUUCAAGGAGGCAAUUUUAGAGGAGCAGGAAAGCCGAAAAGAUGACAACAUCCACCUGACUCGUUUUCUGCGUGUGCUGGCCAACUUCCUGGUCUUGUGCUGCUUGGCAGGAAGUGGAUACCUCAUCUACUUUGUAGUGCGCCGCUCACAGAAGUUUGCCCUUGAUGGACUGGAGAAUCACACCUGGUGGGAAAGAAAUGAGGUGAACAUGGUCAUGUCACUACUGGGGAUGUUCUGCCCCAUGCUGUUUGAUGUCAUCAGCGCCCUAGAGAACUACCACCCUCGUGUCGCCCUGCAGUGGCAGCUGGGCCGCAUCUUUGCCCUGUUUUUGGGAAAUCUCUACACCUUCAUCAUUGCACUCAUGGACGAGAUCAACCUCAAAAGGGAAGAGGAAAAGAUAGUCAAAUUUAAUAUAACCACGUGGGAAGCCAGUCUUUAUAAUGGUACAGUGUCAGAAAACAGCACGGCUCCACCCAUCACUAUUCAGCCUGCUGACGUGCCCAGAGGGCCCUGCUGGGAGACCAUGGUGGGCCAGGAGUUUGUCCGUCUGAUCAUAUCUGACACCAUGACAACCUACAUCACGCUGCUGAUCGGCGACUUCCUGAGAGCCGUGCUUGUUCGUUUUCUCAACUACUGCUGGUGUUGGGACCUUGAGGCCGGAUUUCCAUCCUACUCUGAGUUUGAUGUCAGUGGGAACGUACUGGGCCUGAUCUUCAAUCAAGGGAUGAUAUGGAUGGGUGCUUUCUAUGCCCCCUGCCUGCCAGCCCUGAACGUCCUCCGGCUCCAUGUGUCCAUGUACCUGCAGUGUUGGGCCGUGAUGUGCUGCAAUGUUCCGCAGGAAAGGGUCUUCAAGGCCUCUGGCUCCAACAACUUCUACAUGGCUAUGUUGCUGGUUAUCCUCUUCCUGUCCACUCUGCCUGCCAUCUACACCAUUGUCACUAUCCCCCCUUCCUUUGACUGCGGGCCCUUCAGUGGGAAAAAACGUAUGUUUGAUGUGAUCCAGGAGACUUUGGAGUCAGACUUUCCUGCCUGGUUUAGUAAAGUGUUCAGUUAUGCCUCUAACCCUGGACUGGUGCUGCCCUUCAUAUUGCUUAUGGUACUGGCCAUUUAUUACUUGCAAUCCACAUCCAAAAGCUACAAAGAAGCAAAUGUGGAACUGAAGAAAAAACUUCAAACGCAAAAUGAGGAGAACAAGAAGAAGAACAAACGAGCAGCCUUGAAGGCACAAAUGGAUCUAGAGGAGGCCAGAAACGCUGCAUCCCAGGCUGCAGAGCAACAAAAGAACAACACCACUUCUCCACAAGACCAAGAAGAUGAGGAAGAAGAAUGCAGCAGUAGUAGUCAGAGGCAGUAUCAUGGCAAGAAUGGACGCCACCCUUCUCCUCCAGUUAGAGACCAAGAACGCAAACUUUCAGCCACCAGAGCCCCUGUCCCCAGGACCUAUCACCACGGUAACCACGGGUCUCCUGGGUAUCUGCCCGGUUUCCCUCGGCAAGGUGAACCCAGGAUGUACAGGGUGCCGAGUCUGCAGAGACACUGAAGUAAAACAGCAUGUUA